UAAAAGUAGCCGGCACUUCCUGGCGUUCAGUCAUAGCGAGUUGUUGUUAACAAUAAGCUCGUAUUUUGCUAUAAGUGUUUUCUACAAAUAAAAGUAACUUGCGAAAAUUAAAUUAUAUUUCAUAGGGCUAUAAAAUAAAAAAAGUUACGAUAUUCCGCCGUGUUAAAGUUGUUCGUUAUUUAAAAUUGAUUUCGUUUUCUUUUAGUAACUGAAAUUUUCUAAAUCGGAAAACUUUGUGACUUAAAAUGAAUAUUUUAAUAAGUUGUUUAUUAGCAUUAAACUAUUUGAGUUUCUACAACACAGCUGCCUACAGAAAUUGGGUCACAACUGAUGAAUUGGAAAACCACAUAAGUCCAGAGGAUCUACACACGUUUUUGAACUUUAAGAAUGAUACAGCGACAAGAUUCGGGACCACCACCGAUACGGAUGACUCUGCUAGUCCUGAGGAGCUGACCACAGAGCUGCCAGUGCCGGAGUCAGUUGACUGCUUCGGCCUGGGCCCGCUCACGACACGGCUGUGGAGCUUGUUCAACACACGACCAGACUCAUCCAUCGAUGUCAACACACACUUCUACUUCUCAUCGAGGAACCAGAGGAAUAGAGUGCAGGUAUACCCCGGGAAACAGUUCGGUCUGGAGUGGGUGGAUUUCGACCCUGAUCGGCGCACGGUGAUGAUCGUCCACGGCUUCAUGAGCCACAGCAACGCCUCCUGGGUUUCCCAGAUGACGGACGCCUUCUUGGAAUGGAGCGACGUGAACGUGAUCGCGGUGGACUGGAGCGGCGGCGGCAACACGUGGAAGUACUGGCGCGCCGUCGCCAACACCAGACGAGUCGGAUCCGAUAUCGUGGGAUUCAUGAAGCAGCUGAUGAAAGCGACGGGCGCGAGCGUCAAGAAGUUCCACUUCGUGGGGCACAGCCUGGGCGCACACAUCGUGUCCUACGUCUCCUACCACAUCGGGACUGUAGGACGAAUUACAGGCCUGGACCCAGCCCAGCCGUGCUUCCGUACCACGAGUCGCGUGGAGCGCCUGGACGAGACCGAUGCCGACUUCGUGGACGUCAUACACACUAACGGCAGAUUGCUACAGAGACUUGGCUUCGGUUUGCCUGAUCCUAUUGGCCAUGCAGAUUUCUACCCCAACGGCGGUAUGAAGCAGCCCGGCUGUCUCAAUGAGAGUAAUUCCGUCUGGUCAAGGAUUCUACCUAUUUCGCCUGCAAAGCUGCAGCAGGCGAUCUGCAGCCACGGGCGAGCGUACCUGCUGUUCACGGAGUCGCUCAUCAACAACAACUGCACCUUCCGCGCGCACCAGUGGAACCUCACAUACGAGGGCGUAAACUCCAGCAUAUCAGCGACUUGCGACCGUCGUCGGUCCUCGUGUUCAGAGAUGGGUAUCCGCGCGGCGGGCGGUGAGCGGCUGCCGAAGGCGCGCGGCGCGUACUUCGUGCUCACCACAUCCGCCGCACCAUACUGCCCUUCAGAAUACGAGCGUCGUCAUCCCCGGAAUGAUCUACUCAUGGACCUAGUAAAGGGUUUCUCUCUCAACCGCACCUCCAAUGCUCUCCAUCAUCACACAACGCCCGUGGAGUACGCGGACCCUGACAUCGUCACCGAUGACCCACCCACUUGUACCACACAGAAGAACUGGUUCUAUAGAUUGUUUGGAUGAGAGUAGAAAAAGAUUGGAGAGUAAGAAAGAUGGUAGUAUUGAUAUUUUUUUGUUAAUUGUAGAUAGUUUAGAUAGCGCUAAAAGCAAUAGAAAUGUAGGUUACAUGUUAUUUAUUAGGUUUUAAAUGUCAUGACACGAAAUCUAUCAUAUCAAAAAAAAAAAGAAGUCCGUGCGAAUCAUUAUUUAGUUUAACUGCUGACUGUGAUUGUUUGAUUAAGAUAAUUGAUAAAAUAAAAUGUAGAGGUAA